AUGACGCUGCAUUUGAGCUUACCCGGCGCGCAUCGAAGUAAUCAGCAGCAGGAGGAGCUACGAGAAGCGCGCCGGCUUCUUAAGGAGAGGAUUCGUAAUGACUGGGAAUACCCAACUCUUCCGGCUUGGCGGUCAAGCGGGGCGGAGCGGAGAGGACCUCAAACUGCUGCUGCUGCUGUCGACGAGGAGGAGAAGAUUGCGGGGUUCAGGUUCCAUGCGCCGAGUGCUGCCGGUACAGGAGCAGGUGGGGGACAUGUGCUGGGACUCGAUUUCGAUCCUGUGGAAUGGCGGGAACGAGAAGAGGCUUCGGAAACGGAUGGAGAGAGCAGCGCCACGAGUACCACCACCACCGGCACAUCAUCCAAACGCAAGAGCAAGGAGAGCAAUAAUGCAUAUCGAUUCGAAGGUCCGGACAGCGUGGCGGCGCAGUUGACAGAACGCCGUCUGGCGCGAAAACGAAAACGACACGAGGCGUUGCGGGAGGAAAUGCAGUGGAACAAAGGCUUGGAAUUAUUCAUCACCAGACGAGAUAAAUGGUGUUGCGCGCGUCCUGCACCGGAUGUUCAAUUCGCAGAGUUGAAAUCUUCGGGAACCUCAACUACAACAACAACAACCACCCCUUCAGUGGUGGUGGAGACAUCUUCAAUAACAUCCUCCUCCAGUCCACGAACAUCCACCUCAUCCACAUCCCAAAUCUCCUCGACGCCCGCAACCAGUCCCGACACCAGGAUCAUAACAACAGCACCCACCACCACCAACUCCUCCCCACCACCACAAGAAAUUCUCAUCCCCAUCGCACCAGCAUUACUCCCCAACCAUCCCAUCCGAASACGCAUCUCCACCACAAUGUACCCCGAAAUCUACAGCAAAAUCAUCCUGCAAUCCCGCACUCCCUCGGUCCCGAUCAAUCUCUCCACCCUCGUCAAAGCGCUUGUGCAAGGGUGGAAAGAUGACGGCGAGUGGCCCCCAAAAGCAGGACCCGUGGAACCGAGUGUAGGGGGGCGGAAAAAAGGCAGUGAAGGUGGUUUGAAAAAGGGCCUGAAGAAGGUGCUUCGCGUUACGGGCGUGCUGGAUGAUUCGGGGAAGAAGGAUGGAGAGGGCUAA